AUGGUUGUUAAGAGGAUAAAUAGGUAUUUUAGUUUUUGAACAAAUGUGCCCAAGGGUCUUUCGGAUCCAAUUCUUGGUAUUUCUGAAGCGUUUAGGAAAGAUCAUUAUCAGAGGAAGGUUAAUCUAGGAAUUGGGGCUUAUAGAGAUGAUGAUGGAAAUCCAUGGACACUUCCAUCUGUGGCCAAAGCAAAAGAAAUUAUUUUGAAUUCAAAUUUAGAUCAUGAAUAUUUAUGCUAUAUAUAUAUUUCAAUAAAAUUGAAAAUUGCUUUAAUUUAUUGGUUUUAAUAUAGAAUAUAAGUAUUAUCUUUUCAAAAUAUUAUAAAUAUAAAAGCAGAGCUUAAUUAGAACAAUAUACCUACAGAAGGCUUAAACACAUUUCGAAAAACUGCAGCUCUACUUGCUUACGGCCAAUGCCCUGAAAUUUCAGAAAACAGAAUAGCUAGCGUCCAAUCUUUAUCUGGAACUGGAGCUCUAAGACUUGGAAUGGCCUUUAUAAAUCGAUUUUAUCCUCAUCAUAAAGUCAUUUACGUCCCCAAACCUACAUGGACUAACCACAAGAACAUUGCCAGAGACUCUGGCUUAGAAGUCCGAGAGUAUUCUUAUUAUGAUCCUGACACAAAAGGCUUAGAUUUUUACAAUUUAUUGCGCGAUAUAAACGAAGCUCCAAGAAAUUCUAUUAUCCUUCUCCAUGCAUGCGCUCACAACCCAACAGGCCAAGAUCCAACUCAAGAGCAAUGGGCAGAAAUUCAUGAUGUCAUCACAAGGAGGCAACAUCUUGCAUUCUUUGAUAUGGCUUAUCAAGGUUUUGCGUCUGGAAAUCCUGAUGACGAUGCAUAUGGACUAAGAUAUUUUGUUAAAGAGCAAAAUUCAGUACUGCUGGCACAGAGUUUUGCAAAGAAUUUUGGCUUGUAUGCAGAAAGGAUUGGGUUGUUCUCAGUUAUCACUGAUUCGAGUGCAGAAACUGAUAGAGCUGUUUCACAGUUAAAAAUUUUAGGGAGGGCUAUGUAUUCUAAUCCUCCUCUUUAUGGGGCUAGAAUUGUAAGUACUGUACUUAAUACUCCUGAACUAUAUAAGCAAUGGCAUAAAGAUUUAUUGACGAUGUCUGGAAGAAUUAAAGAUAUGAGGGUAGCAUUGGUUGAAAAAUUAAAGGAAAAAGGAUCUCGACACAACUGGAAUCAUAUAGCUAACCAAAUUGGAAUGUUUGCAUAUACUGGGCUAAACCCUGACCAGUCACACAAUUUAAUGACUAAAAAUCAUGUGUAUUUAACCUUAGACGGAAGAAUUUCAAUCGCAGGGCUAAACACCAAAAACGUUGAAUAUGUAGCUGAAGCAAUAGAUUCAGUAACAAGAAACUCUUCUAAUAUCUAA